GCGACGGCGUGCGCGUGCUCUGGGCCGACGAGAUUUGCAUCCCCGAGUUUUCAGACGAGCGGGACGAGCUUGUCCUCGUACGGCGCGACAUCUUUCGCGGCGCGGCGACGACCUUGGUCUGGCUUGGGCGGGACAAUGGGCUCGCUCAGAGUCUGCACGUCGCCGAGGACAUCAUCGACGCCCGCGAUAGAAUGCGCGCGGCAGGCGACGAGCGCAUCGUCGUGGACCUCAAGCCAGGCGAUUUUGCCAAGCUGAAUAUCCCCGCUCCCUGGGACCCUUGCGUGCGCACCUGGCUGGCGCUCUUCACACGGCCGUGGUUCCAGGAUCUGUGGUCUAUUCAUGACGUCUGUGUUUCGCCGACUGUCAUCUUGCUGGUCGAGGGCGGCGGCAAGGACACCAGCAGGCCAGUUUCCUGGGACUUGUUGAUGCGAGGGCUGCAUGCGGCGAGAGACUUGGAGUACUUUGCACUAUGCCGUGAGGACACCACGUUCGCCCGGGUUAUGGAGCUCGCGAGGACGCAAUAUCGGGAUGCGACCCAGAGGCAUACGAGGAUCUUGCCUCUCUUGCUAGCGGGCAGGCAUUACGACGUCGAGGCCAUGUUGGACAAGGUAUACUGCUUACUCGGGUUGCUGGAGCCGCUUCAAUCGAUCCAGAUUGGUCAUCGAGGCUGGUCAAAUCCAGAGAAGGUGUUCAUAGACAUAGCCAUCGCAAUCAUGGAGCAGGACGGCACGCUCGACCUACUCGGCGUCCCGCGUGGAAGAGACACGAGGUUACGCACACUGCCAACCUGGGCUCCGGACUGGACCAACUGCUCCCGCCUCAUCCAGUCGCUGCAGGGCCUGGAGCUCGACAGUCCUGCCGAACAGAACGGCGAUGCCAUCCCGCAGUUCGCAGCCUCGGGUCCCGGCAGCACUUACACGGUCAAGCUCGGCCCAGAAAACCGCACCCUCGGCGUGUCUGGCUUCAUCGUGACGAGCGUCGAGGCCCUGCAUACUAUGCAUCCGGAUGCGCGCGACAUAUACAGCCCUUCACCCUAUGAAGGUCUUUUACGCCCUUUUAGCAGUGCCUCGCUCGAGGACUUUAGAGGCUCUGUUUCCAAGAGCGUCCAAACCUGGGAGGCGAUGAAGGACACUGCAAAUCUUACAACCAGCAGCAGCAUAAAGCAAUCCUACGUUGCGACAGGGGAGUCGGUCCAGGAGGCAUUUCGGCAGACGAUGGUGGCAGGACGUGUCGGCGCCGACAAAGACACAGUUAAGUUCAGUGAUGUCAAGACCUUUGCAGGACACGCAGACAUUGUCACUCGUGGAUUGAGACUACUGAAGUCUGCAGGUAAACUAACCGGCAUCAGAGGUCAAAAAGCGCUCCUGGCAGCACUUCACAUCAGCGGCUGGAACCUGCCCGGGCCUGAAUCCAGCGCAUUCUUCCAGCGGUUGUCAGUGAUGGAAGGGAGGAGGAUGAUGAGGGCGAGCGACGACGGCAUGUUUGGGAUCGUGCCCCAGGCUGCGCGAGUAGGCGACAAGAUUGCCCUGUUGAAGGGAGCGAGACUGCCGAUUGUUCUGCGAGAGCGAGGGUCCGAUUGGGCGGUGAUUGGCGAGGCGUACAUCCACGGGCUUAUGAACGGGGAGAGAUGGGAUGAGAGCAAAGUAGGGGACAUAUGGUUGGCCUGAUUUACAGCUACAGCUCAGCUUCAGGUCGCUAUGCAACGGCGUUCCGGUUCCCAGCCAAGUCCGCCCGGGGUAUCAUCCUACCGUGGUUUAAUUGGCUGUCCCCAGAGGCAAACGAGGCACAGCGACCAACUCAGCUGAGGUCCGACCUAAAGCAGAACCUGACGUGUUUCCCUCGAACUAUCGCAUGCUAAUCCAGAACCUAGCCAGUGCCAGAGCAUCGGGGCGCCGCCUCAAUCCGCCACCGGCACGGGCGCGAAGGUGGCCGGUGUUGCCAAAAGACGAACCAAAAUAGCGAGGUCUGUGGGA